AUGCCGCCCCUCAUCUGUCUCUACCGCCGAGAGCUCCAUGUCAAGCAGCCCAGCGACCACGCUUACUCUGCCACCACUGCUGAGCUUUCUGCCACUACAACGCAAACGGAAACUAUUUCUGAUGCUGUCUCGUCGUCUGAGACCUUAGCCGGUGGCACCACGACUACCCAAGCCGUUCAAGACACCACCACAGCAGCCAUCGAGACUACAUCGGCCACUGAGCCUUCUGAGACCACAACUGAAGCAACCUCUGUCUCCGAGGAUAUCUCAACUUCUGUGACUCUGAGCGACGACACCACGAUCUCACUUGCCAUCACUACGACUACUCACGCUAUCGAAGACACUACAACAAAUGCCCCAGCUACGACUACCACCACUGCGGCUGCUGUACCGGACGAGUGCACUGUGAACGCCGAUUGCGAAGCUCUCAACGGCGGGGCCAAUCCCAUCUGCGAUGCCGGCACUUGCGUUCCCGACGAUAGCCAGGGCGCUCCAUGCUCCGAUGACAGCGAAUGUACUAUCCCCGGUGAAAGCUGCUCGGACUCUGGUUUCUGUCACCCUGCUUCAGCCCAAGCCUGCCUUGACGCAACCGACUGUCUCUUGGAUGCCAACCCUAUUUGUGUUAUAGGGCUCUGCGAAUGCCCCCAAUCGACAUCUCAAUGCGCACCACGAUCUGAUUUGCAACUCUGUCAGUCAAACGCUGGGUGUUCAGCUGGCGCUAGUUGCCAGCAGGGUAUCUGCGUCGAUGAGGUUAGCUGCGGUAGUCCUUCUGAUUGCGACAGUAACUUGGAUCUGUGUGUUAUUCCUGGCGUUUGUGUCUGCCGUGGCGGUGUCUGUGCCCUUGGUGGUUAA